AUGGCAGAUAUGGAGGUUCCUCAACAUGUUGCAAUAGUUGGCGGUGGUCUCUCGGGCCUAAGCCUUGCGCUCGCGUUACACAAAGUUCACAUACCGUGCACCGUGUAUGAAGGGCGGGACGAAUCCUACGAAGCCGGGGGUGGGAUAACCCUUUCACCGAACGCGCUGCGAAUCCUCGAUAAAUUAGAUGUGUUCGCGCGUGUCCGCGACAAGGGUUUCCAUUUUGACACCCUAGCUUUCAGCGAUGGUGAUGGAGUGAUCAAAGAUCUCUACUAUUUUGGUUCCGAGAAGCUGUACGGCUACAGAGGUUUCCGUAUUAUGCGUCAGCUACUCAUUAAUGAAAUGAGGCUGAUGCUUCGGGAAAACGGGACACAAAUGCAUUUCAACAAGCAAUUCUCGAAAGUCAUCCUUGAUUCGCAAGAUGAGGUCGUGAUUGAGUUUGCCGACGGAUCGAUCAAAUCUUCAUCUAUAGUGAUUGGUGCUGAUGGUAUCCAUUCAAUUGUCCGCAACCAUAUUGUUCCAGAAGUCAAACCGGUUUAUUCUGGUAUGAUGGCUAUUAGCAGUGUCUGUCCCCGGUCUAGCCUUCGCAUUCCUGAGAACUUCUAUCUCCCUGCGCACAUUUUGUCCAAAGCUGGCGCGUUUUUGAUGGUCCCCCAAGAGAUUGAUGGCUCUCAGCUCCUAAUUGGUUCACAGCGACGUUUUCCCGAGAAGGAUAAGGAUGGUUGGGAUGCUCUGGCAGCCGACAAGCAAGGGUUAUUGGACUUGCUGCGAGAGAAUCAGGGCGACUGGCCCGACAUUGUCCAAUCUGCACUCGAAAAUGCACCUGUUGAGAACAUGGGUAUCUGGCCAUUCUACGGGAUCCCGAAGUUCAGCAAGUGGGCCAGCUCCACUGAUCGGGUUAUUGUAUUGGGUGAUGCUGCACAUGCAAUCCCGCCCACAGCCGGUCAGGGUGUCAAUCAAGCGUUCGAAGAUGUGAACAUGCUAGCUUUAUUGCUCUCAAAUCUAUCCCAAAAGACCCCCCUUGGGGAGGCUUUGAAAUUUUGGCAGCAAUACCGCCAGCGCCGGAUCGAUAAAAUCCUGGAUCUUACCCAGAAGAUGAAUGCCAAGCGUCUGCCUCCUGCAGAACAAGCCAAGCUUCCACCGGGUUCAGUCUGGGCUGACGAUUCAGCAACCACGGGAGAAGGCGGCCAAUUAAGGUGGCUGUAUGAACCAGACCUCGAUGAGGACGUUGCAGAGUGGCUUGCUAAUCGUGUUUCAUGA